CGGCGGCUGGAGCAUUGAAUUACAGCUCCUUGGAGCCCACGUUGGGCUGCGGGGGUGGAAAAUGAACAGAAGCCCCCGUUCUGGCAACGCCCUCUGACCAGCGGAGGGGACGCAGCCGGGGGCGGGAACGAGCCUAGCCCACGGGAGCAGCCCCCGCCGGCCAGCGCCCCUUUAAGAGCAGCGGCUCCCAGCCGGGAGUCAGAGAGAGAUCCAACCCGACCCGCACGCGGUGCCUCCGCCCUCCUUAGCUUUCUUUGCGCCCGCCCGGGGUACAGCGGACCCUCCAGGCCUCAGGCAUGCUGAGGGUCUUCAUCCUCUAUGCGGAGAACGUCCACACCCCGGACACUGACAUCAGCGAUGCCUACUGCUCCGCGGUGUUUGCAGGGGUAAAGAAGAGAACCAAAGUCAUCAAGAACAGUGUGAACCCCGUGUGGAAUGAGGGCUUUGAGUGGGACCUCAAGGGCAUUCCCUUGGACCAGAGCUCUGAGCUUCAUGUGGUGGUCAAGGAUCAUGAGACAAUGGGAAGGAACAGGUUCCUGGGGGAAGCCAAGGUCCCACUCCGGGAAGUCCUGUCCACCCCCAGUCUAUCUGCCAGUUUCAAUGCUCCCCUGCUGGAUACCAAGCAGCAUCCCACUGGGGCCUCGCUGGUCCUGCAGGUGUCCUACACACCACUCCCCGGAGCUGUGCCCCUGUUUCCACCCUCUGUUCCUCUGGAGCCCUCUCCCACAUUGCCUGACAUGGACUUGGUGGCUGGUGGGGGACAGAGCCGGGCCGAGACUUGGUCCUUGCUCAGUGACAGCACCGUGGACACGAGAUACUCUGGAAAGAAGUGGCCAGCUCCCACGGACACAGCAGGAGAGGAAGACACUGAGGACCAGGGGCUCACGGGAGAUGAGGCAGAGCCGUUCCUGGAUCAGAGUGGAGCUCCAGGCCCUGGAGCUCCUACCACCCCCAAGAAACCACCUUCCCAUCCUCCCCCCUACCACCCUGGAAGCAAAAGAAAGAGAAGUGUGCCCACAUCCAGAAAGCUGCUGUCAGACAAGCCUCAGGACUUCCAGAUCAGAGUCCAGGUGAUCGAGGGGCGCCAGCUGCCAGGGGUGAACAUCAAGCCUGUAGUCAAGGUCACGGCUGCUGGACAGACCAAAAGGACUCGGAUUCAAAAGGGAAACAGCCCUCUCUUCAACGAGACUCUUUUCUUCAACAUGUUUGACUCGCCCGUGGAGCUGUUCGAUGAGCCCAUCUUUAUCACGGUGGUGGACUCCCGUUCCCUCAGGACAGAUGCUCUCAUCGGGGAGUUCCGGAUGGACGUGGGCACCAUUUACAGAGAGCCCCGGCACACCUAUUUCAGGAAAUGGCUGCUGCUUUCUGACCCUGAUGAUUUCUCGGCUGGGGCCAGAGGCUACUUGAAAGCUAGUCUGUGUGUGCUGGGGCCUGGCGAUGAAGCUCCCCUGGAUAGAAAAGACCCCUCUGAAGACAAGGAGGACAUCGAAGGCAACCUUCUCAGACCAACAGGCGUGGCCCUUCGAGGAGCCCACUUCUGCCUGAAGCUCUUCAGGGCUGAGGAUUUACCGCAGAUGGAUGACGCUGUGAUGGACAACGUGAAACAGAUCUUUGGCUUUGACAGUAACAAGAAGAACUUGGUGGACCCCUUUGUGGAGGUCAGCUUCGCGGGGAGAAUGCUCUGCAGCAAGAUCUUGGAGAAGACAGCCAACCCCCAGUGGAACCAGAACAUCACGCUACCCGCCAUGUUUCCCUCCAUGUGUGAGAAAAUGAGGAUUCGCAUCAUGGACUGGGACCGCCUCACUCACAAUGACGUUGUGUCCACCACCUACCUGGGUAUGUCAAAAAUCUCUGCUCCUGGAGGAGAAAUAGAAGAGGAGCCUGCAGGUGUGGCCAAGCCUCAACAAGCCACAGACCUGGACGACAAUCUAGGCUUCCUCCCCACCUUUGGUCCCUGCUAUGUGAACCUGUACGGCAGUCCCCGGGAGUUCACGGGCUUCCCAGACCCCUAUGCAGAGCUCAACAUAGGCAAGGGGGAAGGUGUGGCCUACCGAGGCCGGCUUCUGCUGUCCUUGGAGACCAAGCUGGUGGAGCACAGUGAGCAGAAGGUGGAGGACCUCCCUGCGGAUGACAUCCUCCGGGUGGAGAAGUACCUCCGGAGGCGCAAAUACUCCCUCUUUGCGGCCUUCUACUCGGCCUCCAUGCUGCAGGACGUGGACGAUGCCAUCCAGUUUGAGGUCAGCAUUGGGAACUACGGCAACAAGUUCGACACAACCUGUCUGCCGCUGGCCUCCACCACCCAGUACAGCCGGGCAGUCUUUGAUGGGUGCCACUACUACUACUUACCCUGGGGCAAUGUGAAGCCGGUCGUGGUGCUGUCCUCCUACUGGGAGGACAUUAGCCAUAGGAUUGAGACUCGGAACCAGCUGCUCAGGAUUGCUGACCGGUUGGAAGCUGGCUUGGAGCAGAUCCACCUGGCCUCGAAGGCACAGUGUUCCACGGAGGACACAGACUCUCUGGUGGCUCAGCUGAUGGAUGAGCUCAUUGCAGACUGCAGCCAGCCCCUGGGUAACGUCCAGGAGAUACCUUCUGCUACUCACCUGGACCAGUACCUGUUCCGGCUACGUACCCGUCAUCUGAGCCAGAUCACUGAGGCUGCCCUGGCUUUGAAGCUCGGCCACAGUGAGCUCCCUGCUAUUCUAGAGCAGGCUGAGGACUGGCUCCUAAGGCUCCGUGCCCUGGCAGAGGAGCCCCAGAACAGCCUGCCGGACAUUGUCAUCUGGAUGCUGCAGGGAGACAAGCGUGUGGCCUACCAGCGGGUACCCGCGCAUGAAAUCAUCUUCUCCCGGCGUGGUGCCAACUAUUGUGGCAGGAAUUGUGGGAAGCUGCAGACAAUCUUUCUAAAGUAUCCAAUGGAGGCAGUGCCUGGAGCCCGGAUGCCAGUGCAGAUACGAGUCAAGCUCUGGUUUGGGCUCUCUGUGGAUGAGAAGGAGUUCAACCAGUUUGCUGAGGGGAAGCUCUCCGUCUUUGCUGAAACUUAUGAGAACCAGACCAAGCUGGCCUUGGUUGGGAACUGGGGCACAACGGGCCUUACAUACCCCAAGUUUUCUGAUGUUACGGGCAAGAUCAAGCUACCCAAGGACAGCUUCCGUCCCUCAACUGGAUGGGCCUGGGCAGGAGAUUGGUUCGUGUGUCCGGAGAAGACCCUGCUUCAUGAUGCUGAUGCUGGUCAUCUGAGCUUUGUGGAGGAGGUGUUUGAGAACCAGACCCGACUCCCUGGAGGCCAGUGGAUCUACAUGAGUGAUAACUACACUGAUGUUAAUGGGGAGAAGGUGCUUCCCAAGGAUGACAUUGAGUGCCCAGUGGGCUGGAAGUGGGAAGAUGAAGAAUGGUCCACAGACCUCAAUCGGGCUGUCGAUGAGCAAGGCUGGGAGUACAGCAUCACCAUUCCCCCAGACCGGAAGCCAAGGCACUGGGUCCCCGCUGAGAAGAUGUACUAUACUCACCGACGAAGGCGCUGGGUCCGCCUGCGCAGGAGGGACCUCAGCCAGAUGGAAGCACUGAAGAGACACAGGCAGGCAGAGGCAGAGGGCGAGGGCUGGGAGUAUGCCUCUCUCUUUGGCUGGAAGUUUCACCUGGAGUACCGCAAGACUGACGCCUUUCGCCGCCGCCGUUGGCGCCGUCGCAUGGAGCCCCUGGAGAAGACAGGGCCUGCUGCCGUGUUUGCCCUCGAGGGGGCCCUGGGUGGUGUGGUGGAUGACAGGAGUGAAGAUUCCAUGUCUGUGUCUACCCUGAGCUUCGGUGUAAACAGACCCACAAUCUCCUGCAUCUUUGAUUAUGGGAACCGCUACCACUUACGCUGCUACAUGUACCAGGCCCGGGACCUGCCUGCGAUGGACAAGGACUCAUUCUCUGAUCCCUACGCAAUCGUCUCCUUCUUACACCAGAGCCAGAAGACAGUGGUGGUGAAGAAUACUCUGAACCCCACCUGGGACCAGACACUGAUUUUCUAUGAGAUUGAAAUUUUUGGCGAGCCGGCCAGCAUUGCAGAGCAGCCACCCAGCAUUGUAGUAGAACUCUACGACCAUGACACCUAUGGUGCAGAUGAGUUUAUGGGCCGCUGCAUCUGUCAGCCAAGUCUGGAACGGAUACCCCGGCUGGCCUGGUUCCCACUGAUGAGGGGCAGCCAGACGGCGGGAGAGCUGCUGGCAUCUUUUGAGCUUAUCCAGAGAGAAAAGCCGGCCAUCCACCAUAUUCCUGGUUUUGAGGUACAAGACACAUCAAGGAUCCUGGAUGAGCUGUGUGCUCCUGCCUUCUUCCUCCAGGGCCUUCUGCAGACGUCAGAUGACACAGACCUGCCCUACCCGCCACCUCAGAGGGAGGCCAACAUCUACAUGGUUCCCCAGAACAUCAAGCCAGCUCUCCAGCGCACUGCCAUUGAGAUCCUGGCAUGGGGCUUACGGAAUAUGAAGAGCUACCAGCUGGCCAGUAUUUCAUCCCCCAGCCUUGUAGUGGAGUGUGGGGGCCAGACAGUUCAGUCCUGUGUCAUCAGGAACCUCCGGAAGAACCCCAACUUUGACAUCUGUACUCUCUUCAUGGAAGUGAUGCUGCCCAGGGAGGAACUCUACUGUCCCCCCAUCGUGGUCAAGGUCAUCGAUAACCGCCAGUUUGGCCGCCGGCCUGUGGUGGGCCAGUGUACCAUCCGCUCCCUGGAGAGCUUCCUGUGUGACCCCUAUUCAGCCCAGAGUCCAUCCCCUCAUGGUGGCCCAGAUGACGUGAGUUUACUCAGCCCGGGAGAAGAUGUGCUCAUUGACAUUGAUGACAAGGAACCCCUCAUCCCCAUCCAGCUUGCGGAUGGUCUGUCCAGUUUGGCCCCCACUAACAUGGCGUCUUCUCCAACCAGUCCUCAUGAGGAGGAGUUCAUUGACUGGUGGAGCAAAUUCUUUGCCUCCAUAGGGGAGAGUGAAAAGUGUGGCUCCUACUUGGAGAAAGAUUUUGACACUCUAAAGGUCUAUGACACACAGCUGGAGAAUGUGGAGGCUUUUGAAGGCUUGUCUGAUUUCUGUAACACCUUCAAGCUUUACCGAGGCAAGACUCAGGAAGAGACUGAAGACCCGUCUGUCAUUGGUGAGUUUAAGGGUCUCUUCAAAAUUUAUCCCCUCCCAGAAGAUCCAGCCAUUCCCAUGCCCCCAAGACAGUUCCACCAGCUGGCUGCCCAGGGGCCCCAGGAGUGCUUGGUCCGAAUCUAUAUUGUCCGAGCAUUUGGCCUCCAGCCCAAGGACCCCAAUGGGAAGUGUGACCCUUACAUCAAGAUCUCCAUAGGAAAGAAGUCAGUGAGUGACCAGGAUAACUACAUCCCCUGUACCCUGGAGCCUGUGUUUGGAAAGAUGUUUGAGCUGACCUGCACGCUACCUCUGGAGAAGGACCUGAAGAUCACGCUCUAUGACUAUGACCUUCUCUCAAAGGAUGAGAAGAUUGGGGAGACAGUCAUUGACCUGGAGAACAGGCUGCUGUCUAAGUUUGGGGCUCGUUGUGGACUCCCACAGACCUACUGUGUCUCUGGACCAAACCAGUGGAGGGAUCAGCUCCGCCCUUCCCAGCUCCUCCACCUCUUCUGCCAGCAAAACAGAGUCAAGGCCCCUGUGUAUCGGACAGACCGAGUGACGUUUCAGGAUAAAGAGUACACCAUUGAGGAGAUAGAUGCUGGCAGGAUCCCGAAUCCACACCUGGGUCCAGUGGAGGAGCGUCUGGCUCUGCACGUCCUUCAGCAGCAAGGCUUGGUCCCUGAGCACGUGGAGUCACGGCCCCUCUACAGCCCCCUGCAGCCAGACAUCGAGCAGGGGAAGCUGCAGAUGUGGAUCGACCUGUUUCCAAAGGCUCUGGGGCGGCCUGGACCUCCCUUCAAUAUCACUCCUCGGAAAGCCAGAAGGUUUUUCCUGCGCUGUAUUGUCUGGAAUACCAAAGAUGUGAUCCUGGAUGACCUCAGCCUCACUGGGGAGAAGAUGAGUGACAUUUAUGUGAAAGGUUGGAUGGUGGGCUUUGAAGAACACAAACAGAAGACAGAUGUGCACUAUCGCUCCCUGGGUGGCGAGGGUAACUUCAAUUGGAGGUUUGUGUUCCCCUUCGACUACCUGCCAGCCGAGCAAGUCUGCUCCAUUGCCAAGAAGGAUGCCUUUUGGAGUCUGGACAAGACUGAGAGCAAAAUCCCAGCACGCGUGGUGUUCCAGAUCUGGGACAAUGACAAGUUCUCCUUUGAUGAUUUUCUGGGCUCCCUGCAGCUGGAUCUCAACCGCAUGCCCAAGCCAGCCAAGACAGCUGAAAAGUGCUCCUUGGACCAGCUAGAUGACACUUUCCACCCAGAAUGGUUUGUGUCCCUCUUUGAGCAGAAGACAGUGAAGGGCUGGUGGCCCUGUGUAGCAGAAGAGGGAGAGAAGAGGAUCCUGGCGGGAAAGUUGGAAAUGACCUUGGAGAUUGUAGCAGAGAGUGAACAUGAUGAACGGCCUGCUGGCCAGGGACGGGAUGAGCCCAAUAUGAAUCCGAAACUGGAGGACCCAAGGCGUCCUGACACCUCCUUCCUAUGGUUCACCUCUCCGUACAAGACAAUGAAGUUCAUCCUGUGGCGUCGCUUCCGGUGUGCCAUCAUCUUCUUCAUCAUUCUCUUCAUCCUGCUGCUGUUCCUGGGCAUCUUUGUUUAUGCCUUCCCGAACUAUGCUGCCAUGAAGCUGGUGAAGCCCUUCAGCUGAGGACAUUCCUGUGCUGGACAAGGGGGGCACCGGCUGCCCUCUGGUCUCAGGCCUGGCCUGCUCCUCCAACCACUUAACCCACUUACUUCAGACCUGAUGGUCCUGCCAGGUGGGCAGAUGGAGGGACUGACACGUGCUCCAAGAGUUGCUGCUCUGGAGCCCCGGAAUCACCCCUACUUUUAUCAUCUCCUUCCCGCAACCCAACCUCUUUGGGUCAGCUUGUAUGUAUUUCCAUAUAAAGCAGCCUGAACCACA